AUGGGUUUACGCAAUUCAAAACAUGAUCCCAAGAGUUAUGAUAUAGCUCCUGUUGUAUCGGAUAAAGAUUUCAGUUACAAGAAAACACCCCGGCCAUUGCCAGAAAUUAAAUUACCCUCACUAACAGUUACACCUGAAACUCCCAGUGAAGAGGAACCACAAAGUGUCACUACAAAUAAUGAAGAGGUAACUCAGGAAGAGCCAACUGCAACCAAGGAACAGCUACAAGUACCUGUCGUAACCUCUGCUGUAGACAAUGAAGAGACAAAAACUGAAGAAGUUCCCAAUCCCCACAUUCCCGCUUGGGUGAACCAGACAAAUAUCCAACCUUUGCUAAUGAAACAAUAUCCCAAUUUCAAUGAAAUUGUUUCGUUCAAAGCACAACCCGCCUUAGCUGCUGGUGAAAAUUAUGCCACACUUAUGUUGCGCGUCUAUGUCACGAUCAGCCUUUUGGAUGGCACCACCAAAGAUUUAUCGUACAUGUUAAAGGUCGCCCACGACAACAAGGAUAUGCAACAAAUGUUGCAACAUAUGAACUUCUUCCAAGUUGAAAAUGCCACCUACAAUGACGCCAUACCCGAAAUGGAAGAAAUGUAUCGUAAGGCUGGUGUUGAUGUUUCCUUUGGCCCACAGGCCUAUCGCAUGGCUGAAGAGGCUCCCGCCGAUUUUUAUGUUCUAUUGCAAGAUUUGGGACCUCUACACUAUAAGAAUGCCAAUCGUUUGGAAUGUUUAGAUACAGAACAUACAGAGGCGGUUCUACGCAAAAUGGCUCUAUUCCAUGCGGCAUCAGCUGUUCGUGUGUUCCGGAAGGGAGAAUUUCGGGAGGAGUUUAAGCGUGAUUUGGAUUCGCCAAUUAGUCGCGGAUUUAUACAACAAAUGUUCGGUUCAUUCAAGAAACCAUUUUUGGAUUGCAUCAAACUUUACGAGAAUGGUGAACAAUAUUAUGAUGCGAUGGAAUUUUUCUUCGAUAACUGUGUUGAAGAAUUCGUACAAAUGCGUAAAGUAAAUCCCGACUUCUUCAAUUGUCUCAAUCACGGCGAUUCGUGGUCCAAUAACAUCCUCUUCAAAUACGAUGACCAAGGCAAACUGGUGGAUUGUCUAUAUGUUGAUUUCCAAAAUACCAAUUACGGCUCUCCAGCUCAAGAUUUCCUAUAUUUUAUGAUCUCUUCAACACAAGCUGAUAUUAAAGUGGAUAAAUUUGAAUAUUUUGUACAAUACUAUCAUCAGCAUUUGGUGGAAAAUUUAAAUUUAUUAGCCUAUCCUAAAGAGAAAAUUCCCAGCUUGAGAGAAUUUAAUAAACAGAUAAUUACCUAUGGUUCGUGGGCCACGGUGACUGCCUUCUUGACCAUGGGAAUUGUGUUGUUGGACCCAAGCGAUGAUGCUAAAUUCGAAAAUCUCAUGGGCGACGAAAAAGAGAGUGUGGACUUUAAGAAGCUGGCGUACUCGAAUCCACGUUAUAUAACACAUAUUAAUAAGGUGUUGCCAUGGCUAGCUCAUCAUGGUUAUUUGGUGCCAAAAUUUGUUACCAAAGAAGUUGUUGAAACUGUAACUGCCUCUGUACCUGAACCAGAACCUAAGCAAGAUCCCUCCACCACCCACCCCGAAUGGUUAAACGAAAAAUAUUUCGAAGAUAUUCUUCGUGGCGAAUUUGAAAAUUAUCAACAAAUUGUAAAAUUCAAAGUCAGCCCAGCAACAAAUACCGGAGAUAACUAUUCAUCGAUAAUGUUAAAGACUGAUAUCGAUAUCGAGCUAAAAGACAACACCCAACAUGUCGUUUCGUAUAUGGUAAAAAUCCCUCCAAAAGGCGAUGAAGCAGUGGCCAUGCUCAAUUUCUUGGGAACAUUUAAAAAGGAGAUAAUUGCUUAUAAUGAUAUUAUUCCAAAACUGGAAACUAUUUUCAAAGAAAAGGCCAACGCUGAUGUGGUCUUUGGGCCAAAAAGUUAUAAACCCGUCGUGGACAAUGGUGUCCAGACAUUGAUAUUGGAGAAUUUACGUACCAAAGGAUUUAAAAAUGCCGAUCGUUUACAAGGACUGGACCUGACACACACUUUAGAGGUUCUAAAGAAAAUUGCUCAAUUCCAUGCUGCCUCGGCUUGCCUGUUUGAGGCUGAAGGUCAUUAUCCGGAAAUCUUUGAACGUUCCGUCUAUCAGCCAGAAUUCAAAGAACAGCAUUUGGCUAAAUUUGGAGAUUUCUUUAAUGUAUUCUUGGAUUGCUGUAAACAGUACGAUGGACAUGAGGAAUAUAUUGAACAUUUGAAAAAUUACUGCCAUAACUCCUAUGACAGUCUUGUGAAAACAUUUACACCAGAUUUUAACAAAUUCAAUGUUUUGAAUCAUGGCGAUUGCUGGGUCAACAACAUCAUGUUCCAAUACAAUGACAAGAAUGAAAUUGCCAACACCUAUUUCGUCGAUUUCCAAUUGAUGUGCUAUGGAUCGCCAGCAUAUGAUCUCUACUAUUUCCUGCUUUCGUCAACACAAUUCGAAUUGAAACUGGAAUCUUUUGAAUAUUUCAUCAGUUUCUAUUAUGACAAUUUGAAGGCAUCAUUGGAGUUGCUGAAAUACCCCAAGGACAUUCCAACUUUGAAGGAUUUACAUGUUGAUCUCUUGGAACAUGGUCUAUUUGCUCCAUAUGCCUCAAUAGGAGUUAUGACUGCCGCUCUCUUGGAUCCCACAGAAAAUGCAAGUUUAGAGACAAUGUUGUCGAACGGCGAAGAUUCGAAUUCAUUCAAAAGAAAAAUGUAUUUGAAUUCACGUUAUCGUAAACAUGCCGAAUCCGUAUUUCCCUGGAUGGUGAGACGUGGUCUAUUGGAAUUGAUAAUUGAAACACCACAACUGAAAAUGAAACAAGUUAAAGUUCCUUCCUGGAUUGACGCAGAACAUUUUGAAGAUAUUAUAAAUUCUGAUUUUCCCGAUUUCGAAAAGAUUACCAAUAUCACUGCCAACUCAGCUACCAAAUCUGGUGAUAAUUAUGCCUCUAGCUUGCUAAGAGUAAAAGUUGAUGCCUUGCUAAAGGACGGCAGCAAUGUUACCAAAUCAUAUAUCCUCAAAUUCCCACUCGCAUCUGAAGAAGAAAAUGACAUGGUUUCCGUAUGGAAUUUCUUUAAAAAAGAAAUACUUAUGUAUACAAAAUAUUUACCAGAAUUUGAAGAAUUAUAUUCGAAAUAUAAUUGUAAAGUACAUUUUGGACCUAAGGCAUAUAAAUUCAGCAAAGAUGUUGGUACCGAUGUGAUAAUUAUGGAAGAUCUCUCUGAGAGUGGUUUUAAAUGUGGCAACCGACGUGAAGGUUUGGACAUGACUCAUACCCAAUUGGUCCUUACCAAAUUGGCUCAAUUCCAUGCUGUAUCGGCCAAAUAUGUUGAAGUGAAUGGUCCCUUCCCAGAACAACUGCACAAAGGUAUCUACACCGAAGAAAGUCGAGCAAUGUUUGAACUCAUCGAUAGGAAAAAGUUUGCUGCAUAUUUCAAUGAGUUCGAGAACAAUGAGGGGUAUUUGGAUAAAGUGCCCACUCUCUUAGAUAAUAUGAUUGAUAUAAGUAUUCGCUUAGGCCAGGUUGAUCCAACAGAAUUCAAUGUUCUGAAUCAUGGUGAUAGUUGGCUAAAUAAUAUCAUGUUUAAACACGAUGAAACCGGCCAAAUUGAGAAUACCUAUUUUGUUGAUUAUCAAGUCUGCAAAUACGACUCACCAGCCCAGGAUCUCUGGUACUUUAUAAUGUCUUCAACAGAACAAUCAAUAAAGAACAUUUGA